AUGACACACAACCAAGUCUAUGACGCUGCCGAGCUCUACCUCCGCACCAAGAUCAGUCCGUUGACCGAACCUCUUCAGGUCAGCAAAACCCCUCGAAAGAAGACCAUCAGCCUUUCCAUUGACCAAGGCCAACAAAUCAACGACACAUUUGACAACGUUAAACUAACAUGGCGUUACAUCUGCUCCUCCAAUCAACGGUCCGAAUCCCAAAACCACAGCCUCCGCCGUCACAACAACAACAACAACAACAACCAGUCUAGCGAAAAGCGUUGCUUUGAGCUAACAUUCCACAAGAAACACAAAGACAAAGUGGUUGAGUUUUACUUGCCUCAUGUGUUUGCUCAGGCCAAUGCAAUCAAACAGAAAGAAAAAGUCGUGAAACUUUACACCCGAGAUCCAUGCUUGGGUGAUGAUGAGAACGGCAUGGGUUCGAGCAUUUGGGGUUCUGUAAAUCUGGAGCACCCAGCUACAUUUGAGACGAUGGCCAUGGAGCCGGAGCUUAAGAGAACCAUUGUAGAGGACAUGGACAGGUUUGUGAAGAGGAGGGAGUUUUAUAAGAAAAUGGGCAAGGCUUGGAAAAGAGGCUACUUGUUAUAUGGCCCUCCUGGCACUGUAAAAUCGAGCUUGAUUGCGGCCAUGGCUAAUUAUCUAAAGUUUGAUGUGUAUGAUUUGGAGCUCACCAGUAUUCACAGCAACUAUGAUCUGAGGAGGAUAUUGCUGUCCACUACCAACCGUUCGAUUUUGGUGAUUGAGGACAUUGAUUGCAGUCUGGAAAUGCACGACCGGCAGUUCGAUGAGCAGCAGCAGUUUGUGUAUCAACAACAAUCUAACAACAGGUUGACUCUCUCAGGCCUACUGAAUUUUAUAGAUGGCUUGUGGUCAAGCUGUGGUGAUGAGAGAAUCAUUGUGUUCACCACAAACCACAAGGAUAGACUUGACCCAGCUUUGCUGCGUCCUGGUCGAAUGGACGUCCACAUUCACAUCUCCUAUUGCACCACAAGUGGGUUCAGGAUCUUGGCCUCUAACUACCUUGGCUUCCGUGGCCACGAUCACCCUCAUCGGCUUUGGGGAGAGAAUGAAGGGUUGAUAGAGAGCGCAAAGGUCACCCCAGCAGAGGUUGCCGAGGAGCUCAUGAAAAGUGAUGAUGUUGAUGUUGCUCUUGACAGACUCGCUAAUUUCCUCAAAUGUAAUAAGGUUGAGAACGAUGAAACAGAGGAAGAGGCUAAUAAGAUUGAAAAUCAAGAAGCAAAGAGGCAAAAAAGGACGACCACAAUGUAA